UCCCAGGCUGGCUUGCAUCAGGAAGUAUCAGAGCAAGACUCUAGGCUGCAAGGUCAUGAAUAAAGCCCAGGAUCUGCUUGGCUGUGGCCGAAGGAAACACUGAAACUACAGGUCUCCGCCGCACAGGGAGUGAUGCUUAUUCUGUUCCAUGUCAUGCUCACCCCACUGCUCUGCGUCACCUGCGCCGCGCCACUUCGAAACAGCAGUGCCCUCGCCAACACUACUGAGGCCCUCUGGGCUGAGACCCCUCUUGGGGACUGGGACCUCUUCUCUCCGCGCGUCACCCUUUCAAGCUACCAUCCUGUGGACCCCCCUUUGCUUUUCCUCAUGGAGGACUCCGGUGCCCAGCCGGGGCAGGCCGCUAACAGAACCCUGAAGUCGAAACGGUCACUGGAGGGGGCCAUACGGCGGGGGGAGAUGUCGGUGUGCGACAGCGUCAACGUCUGGGUGACAGACAAGCGGACGGCCGUGGACAUUCGCGGGAAAACGGUGACGGUGCUUUCGGAGGUCCAGACGCUGACGGGGCCCCUCAAGCAAUAUUUCUUCGAGACCAAGUGUAACCCCGCGGGGGGCACGGUGGGCGGCUGCCGUGGCGUGGAUCGGCGCCACUGGAUCUCCGAGUGCAAGGCGAAGCAGUCGUACGUGAGGGCGCUCACCAUGGAUUCCGACAAGAUUGUGGCCUGGCGCUGGAUCCGAAUUGACACCUCCUGCGUUUGCACCCUGCUCACCCGCACCGGCCGGACGUAGGG